UGUGCCCGCCUCCUCCUGCAUGCCGUCUCACCUGCGUGCCGCCCCGCUCUGCAUCGGCAGCCGCGUGUGACCGUGCGUGCGUGCCCUGGCGCACCCUCGACCAGGUGAAUUAGAUUGAGCAAUCAGAAGCUCGCACACACUUUAAUCAGCGGGAGCAUAUAACGCAGUCAUUUGGCUGGUGGAAAGGGACUGACACGACGGAAUGGGCAGCACACAUCCACUGCGGGGAAUGAGACUUUUGAUUUGACGGGCUAUCGGUUUUUCACCUAUACUGUUCAACUCCUGUUCAAUUAUUCAAAUAAAUUAUUCUGAGUGAAAUCCGAAGUCUGGUCCUUGUCAAGUGUGGACACCUCGCAGUUAGAAGAAACACUUGACAGUGAAAAACCGGCCUGACAGUAGGAAACCGGCCGUGACAAGUGAAGACUCCACAAGAGCCCACCACAAAGAGGGAGAAGACUCCACCUGGGGGCCUGGAAGAAAUCAACUACCUGCCGUUCACCUGUCAGUCCAACAGCCAAAAAAGGCAACAUGGCCGAGUCCAAGUCACUCGAAGAGCUGAAAACAGAGCGAACUACAGUAAAGAGACUUUUUUCCCGACUCACCAACCAUAUAACGAGGACCCACAUGGAGAUGUCUGUGGAGGAGCUGCAAGAUAACUUCAAAAGACUCACAGCAGAGGGCGCUAAAGUGAUGGAUGCAAAUGAGGAGCUUGAGGCUGCUUACAUUGCACAGGGCAAAGGAACCGAAGCAGAGGGCGCACCUGAGUUAAGCGACCAACAGAGAGCUGACAUAGAGAAGACGGAGAAAGAGUGUGAGCAGAAGUUAAAAGAGGUAAAGCACCUUGUCCAGGAGACAUUAUGGGCCUCAUGUGGUGAAAGAGAACUGACCCUUGCUCUAAAAGCUGCAGAGGCAGAGUGCGAGAACGUCUCCUCCACUCAGCCUGACACACCCCUGGAGGCAUAUGACUUUAUGCUCCGCCAUUUAGAGAGCCUGGUGCACAAAGCCAAAGAAGCGCACCAGACCUGGAACCGCUGGGCUCCACGAGCCGAGAAGCAAGAUUUCAAUCGUCGGCUAACGGAGCUCGAAACCCUCCUUCCCAAGCUGGUGUCGAGGAAAGCCGCCCUGAUUGGAGCAGCCACAACUAGCGCAGCCCCUGUUGCAGCCAUAAAGCUAAAAGCCACAGCUUUACCAAAGUUUACCGGCAGCCAGCGUGAGUAUUACAGAUGGAGGAAAGAAUGGGAGGCUCUACAGAAGCAAGGUGAACCAACCGGAUCCAAAGAGGUGAAGAAAUUUCAACUACUUGAUAGCCUCGACGAAAGAGUGGCCAAGGAUCUACGGCUCUCUACUUACACCUCAGCAGACGAGAUCUUCAGAGUCCUAGAGAACCGCUACGGAAACCAAGCCACCAUCGCUAUUGAGAUUGUCGAGGAGCUACAAGCUAUCCCACCUGUUCGUGGUAACCACCCAAGAAGAAUCGUAGAGCUCAUCCAAGCAGUGGAAAAGGCCCUCUAUGAUUUAAAUGAACUAAGCAAUGCAGAUGCCAUAAAAAACCCACUA